AUGGCCCGCUACAAGGUUUUAAAGGGCACCUUCAGCCCCGAUCGCUCGAAGGAAAGGGAUAGUGCUCUGGACGAUACAACGAAGAAAUAUUCGAGCCAAACCACCAAGUUCGGCCAGGCUAACAUCUUGGACAAAGCUGCGUCCUCCCGACCUUUACCCCAACCCUCUCCGUCCGCAUCGAGACAGAAACCUCCGAACGACCACCAAACGAGAUAUUCGCACCUUCUGGGCGACUUUUUCAUCGCCGCCGCCGCCGCCGCCGCCAGUCGUAUUCUGGAUAAUCCCAACUUUCUGGAUGAAAUGUUGGGUAGCUUGUUAGAUGCCAACCAGGGUGAUGGCUCUCUUACCGCGGAGAUUGAUGAUUUGUAUCGAGUCUUCCUGGAGUAG